AUGGCCAACUUCCUCGCCUCCAUCUUCGGCACGGAGCUCGACAAGGUCAACUGCUCCUUCUACUUCAAGAUCGGCGCUUGCCGCCACGGCGACCGCUGCUCGAGAAAACACGUCAAGCCCAGCUACUCGCAGACCAUCCUCAUGCCCAACCUCUACCAGAACCCGGCCUACGACCCAAAGAACCGCAUGAACCCGUCCCAGCUGCAGAACCACUUUGACGCCUUUUACGAGGAUAUCUGGUGCGAGCUCUGCAAGUACGGCGAGCUCGAGGAGCUCGUGGUGUGCGACAAUAACAAUGACCACCUCAUAGGAAACGUCUACGCCCGCUUCAAAUACGAAGACUCUGCCCAAAAGGCCUGCGACGACCUCAACUCGCGGUGGUACGCCGCCCGCCCCAUAUACUGCGAGCUCUCCCCCGUCACCGACUUCCGCGAGGCCUGCUGCCGCCUCAACUCGGGCGAGGGCUGCGUCCGCGGCGGCUUCUGCAACUUCAUCCACCGCAAGAACCCCUCCGAGGACCUCGACCGCGACCUCACCCUCAGCACCAAGAAGUGGCUCAAGGACCGCGGCCGCGACGAGAGGAGCCCGUCUCGCUCGCCUACCCCCGAACCCACGCGCCGUCGGUACUAA